AUGUCUUGGUGGCAAUUUUUUGAUGGGGGUGAGGAUUGCGGUAGCUUUCUCGGGUCUUCGGCCUUUGCUUCUUCUUCUCCUUCGUCUUCUAGGGUUGAGACGGGGAGUGGCCGCCGGUUGAUGCUCUAUUUGGCUUCGAGCCUUUGGGGCUACUGUCGGUUUUGUGGUAAGGUGAAGACGAUGGGGGGCAGGGGUUUGACUCGGGAGGUAGUCUUCAACUCUCGUCUCCCUGUUGACUCUGGUUUAGGCUGCUCCUCUGGCGAGCUAGCGGUCACAGAUGUCGAGUGGUCUCAUCCCUUGUGCGGAUGCUAUGACGGCGUAGUGUUUGGUCGCUGGUUCUUGGGUGGGCGUGGAGCUUGGGGUUAUAGCCGUAUGCGGCUGUUGGCCGAGGUUGGGGCCUCGUGCUCUCUGUUUUCUUGUCUAUUGGUGACGGUGGUCCUUGGGCCGCAGAAGUUGAUUGGUGUGAAUGGGAGGACAUUUGGUUCUGGUCCGUCGGUCUGGGCCGAGUUAGCCAUAGGGGGAGUUUCCCGAUCCGUGUAUUUUUGGGAUGGGGGUUUAGAGCCUCUUCGGUUUUCCGCUUUGGAGUCGGUUGGGUGGCAAGGGUCCUGGGUGCUUGUCCAAUUGGCGGGGAGCUGA